UGAUCUUUUGUUCAAUUUUCUUCUUUUCCUAACUACAGAUAGGUAGGAAAACCAACUGAAUAAACUGUUAAAGAAGCUACAAAACCAGAAAUCAGAUAAAAUUAGCUAUCACAUUCUUCCAUCUCUCAUCUUGAAUUUGUUUCUAAAAUUCAUUAAAAAUCUUUAAUUGCAGUGCAUCCCUAGUUUUCGUAUAAAGCUUCGUGAUUUUCAGAUAUGGAUCCCUCAACAAUAGGGACUGGUGGAAAUGGCGUGUUGCCUACUCAUGUGAAUGAUACUGCAACAGCAGCAGCAGAUGACCCAAAGCAGAAUCUCAACAAUGUUAUUAACUCCAUCCAGACGAAUCUUGGCCUCAUCCACCAGCUUUACCUUACCGUCUCUUCCUUCAACACUGCCUCCCAGCUUCCUCUGCUUCAACGCCUAAAUGGUCUGGUUACUGAGCUAGAUAAUAUGGCCAAGUUAUCUGAAAAGUGCAACAUUCAAGUUCCUAUGGAGGUCCUCAAUUUGAUUGAUGACGGGAAGAAUCCAGAUGAAUUCACCCGUGAUGUUAUAAACAGCUGCAUUGCCAAAAAUCAGGUCACCAAGGGCAAAACUGAUGCCUUCAAGGGUUUGCGCAAGCAUCUCUUGGAGGAACUUGAGCAGGCAUUUCCAGAUGAAGUUGAAUCAUAUAGGGAGAUACGUGCACUCUCUGCUGCUGAAUCAAAACGUCUUGCUCAAGCUCAGAGUUUGUUGCCCAAUGGAGAUGUGAAGGUUAAGAGCGAUCUUUAAGGGUCGCACCAUCGUUACUCGAUUGAGAGGUUUUAGAAACCAGGAAGUCUACUCAGGGCAUGAGAAAAUAUGAUACUGCAUGAUGAAGCGUAUUAGAAGUGUAUACCGAUGAAGAAGGGCUCAUUAUUCAUUUACAAGCGCUCAAAAGCAGUCACUUUUUUCUCUCACGGACUAAGGUAGUAACUAGUAAUUUGUGUCCAGUGUCAUGGCCAAUGAGAGUAAGCAAUUGCUGAUCUUCUACCAUAAUCUUCUCUUUUCAUGUAUCAAUAGUCUAAAUUGAGGUUAUAAACACAAACUCUGCAGAGAAGGAUGGAAUAAAAUUCGAUUGUGAAUGAUUUGUUUUAUACUUUCAAAA